CGAGGAUUGUGGGAAAUGUAGUCAGCGCCGUGUUGCUGACUGUUGACCUCAGCUGAAGUCUCACAAUUUCAUAGUCCACCAUGGCGGACGAACAAGAGAUAAUGUGCAAGCUAGAAAACAUCAAAGAAAUAAGGAAUAAGACAAUUCAGAUGGAGAAGAUCAAAUCUCGACUGAGGAGUGAGUUUGAAGCUCUGGAGUCAGAGGAGAAGCACCUGAGAGAGUACAAACAGGAAAUGGAUCUUCUGCUGCAGGAGAAAAUGGCUCAUGUAGAGGAGCUGCGUCUCAUACAUGCUGAUAUCAAUGUGAUGGAAAACACUAUCAAACAGUCUGAAAGUGACUUGAACAAGCUGCUGGAGUCAACCAGACGUCUCCACGAUGACUACAAGCCACUGAAAGAACACGUGGAUGCCCUGAGAAUGACCCUCGGCUUACAGAGACUUCCCGACCUCAGCCAGGAAGAGGAGAAGCUCUCAUUGGACUACUUUGAAAAGCAAAAGGCUGAGUGGCACACAGAACCUCAGGAGCCUCCUAUCCCAGAAUCCUUAGCGGCAGCGGCGGCUGCAGCCCAGCAGCUUCAAGCUGCACGGAAACAGGAUGUCAGACAGACAGCGACGUUCCGCCAGCAGCCGCCACCUAUGAAGGCUUGUCUGUCCUGCCACCAGCAAAUCCAUCGGAACGCACCGAUCUGUCCUCUCUGCAAAGCCAAAAGUCGCUCACGCAACCCUAAAAAACCCAAGAGAAAACCCGACGAGUAACAUGCACAGCUACUAACAACCUCAGAGAAAGCCUGACUAACACACAUAACCCCAACGGAAAACAAUUUACUUACGCUCUCAUGCAUGCACAUUUCCACACAUACACACACUGACAGUUGCCAUGAUGUCACACACUCACUGCUCAUCUAUACACCCGCAGUAGUCCUGAAAGAAUGGACCAUCUGCAGUCUGAUAACCUGACCUCUUAUAGUGAUCCUGUAGUUAACCUGUCUUCCUGUUUCAGUGGACAUGAAGUCUCAGUUUUUCCUUUCAUUUUAAUAUAAGUGAAACCUUGAUAUUGUGUUUGUACUGUGUCUGUAUUUAGUCCGUAGUGGAAAUGGAUGCUGGUUUCGAAAUAUUGAAGUGUACUAUUCUGUGUGGGGUUUAAUUCUAGUGCAUUAGUUCAAACUAAAUUCUCCAAAGUGGCUUUAGUCAAUAGAGCCGUUUGUACGGUAUUCAGUUAACGCUUCAACUGAUCUUUAAUCAUUUGAAUUAAUUAAUAAUGGUAUGAUUUUGCCUAUGUCUUUUAAUGUUUGAUAACAAUGUUUCUCUUGUAUUAUGUAACCAUGGACUGUCUCAGACCAUGUCAGUGUUCUAGAAUGUCUUGAGGGCCGUUCACACAAGAUGGAGAUGGAGAGCAUUGAAAUGGAUAAGAACGAGUUUUUAACUUGAAGCGUCUUUAAAAACGUGGUGCUAAUGGCAGGAGACGCUGAAAAGACGGCCAUCGAAACAAAUACUCUAGAUACAGAGACCAACCAUUAAUGCAGACUAAAUGCAAAAGCAUGUGUGAACAGCCCUUUAGUAGUCGAGUAAUUAUGGAACACAAGUUGAAUGAGAAUUCUAAACCUUGAGUUCUUAUAGAACUAUCAUUCAAUUUGAGCGAAUGAGCUGUUGAGCACAAAUUUGUGUUUUGGAAUUUGACCCAAGGGCCAUUAAGAGCUUGUUAGAAUCUAAAGUAUUGAAUCAUUGUGUUUAUGUCUCAUCUUUUGUGAGAGUCCGUUUUUUAAUAAUUAAAACCUGUGAACUAAUAAGGUGUAAACUUGUGUAACUUUUGUCAAAAUGAAAUGGUAGAAUAAUACAAUUCCUUUCGGUUGGUUAUGUCAUCUGAUUGAUUCGCUUUCUCUUUGUCACUCUGUCUGGGAUUGGCUUGAUAUGUAUCUG